CCUUCCUCGAUCUCCACCCCACUACUCAAAGGCCAACUUUAGCAGCCUUCAGCACCUUGUUAUUUCAGUAAAAAUGGCUGAGGAAUCCAAAUACGAAUACACGCCAUCCGUUGCGGCUGCAGCUAUCUUUAUCGUUGUCUUCCUAAUUCUGCUCGUGGUCCAUACUUUUCGCCUCUUCAAGACGCGAACAUGGUUUUGUACUUCGUUCGUCGUCGGCACUAUCCUCGAGAUCAUUGGAUACGGCGCCCGUGCGGUGGGCAAAUCCAAACCUGCCGCCAUGGUCCCAUACAUCAUCCAGGCCCUAUUCAUCCUCCUUGCCCCUAUAUUGUUUGCCGCGUCGGUAUACAUGUUUCUUGGUCGCCUCAUCCAAGCUACAGGCUGCGCGCAUUACUCAAUGAUACGCCCUACGCGGCUCACGAAGAUCUUCGUCGGCGGCGACGUACUGUGCUUCCUAAUCCAAGCCGUGGGGACUGCCAUACUAGCCGGCUCCGACAGCAAGAAAGGCUCUGAUCUAGGAAAGGCUGUCAUCUUGACUGGACUUUGCUUGCAGAUGGCCAUUUUUGCAUUCUUUGUCGUAAUCGCUGCGGUGUGGCACAGGCGUGUAUCAGCACUAGGCAGCGAGAAGCCUCAGAUUGGGCAGUGGAACUGGCUUCGAUACCAGAAUAUGCUGUACAUUGUCAGUGGAAUUAUCACGUUGAGAAACCUUUUCAGAGUCAUUGAGUACGCUAUGGGUAAGGACGGCUACCUCCUGGCUAACGAGUGGCCUAUCUAUGUCUUCGAUGCUACUUUGAUGGCUGGUGUCCUAGUCAUCUGCAGCUACUGGUACAUCGGACCCACUCUGAAGCAGGCAGCCGACCUGGUAGAUUCCGAACUUGAGAUUAUUCCUCAGAAUUCUCAGUAAAGAGUGCUCGGCUCUUCAUGAUACCUCAAAAAC